AUGGCGGAGCCAUUCUCCUGCCAUGAGACCUUCUUUUUUGCCAUGCAGCUAGCGAGCGCCUUCGUCCUCCCGAUGGUACUCAAGUCCGCCAUCGAGCUCAACCUACUCGAGCUGAUCUGGAGGGCCGACAUGAUAAAGAUCGCGCGUCUCGACGCUCAAUUUUGCCUCAAAGGAUAUGAAGAUUGCCUACUCGACGAUAGGUUGCUUCAAGGAUGCUUGGACACCUCCUUUUUAGCGACCAUAUCAGUCCAACAAGAUCGUUUGGAAGUAGAUAUCCACAUGGAACUGAAGAACAAAGAACAGAUGAAUUUUCAAUUCAAUAAAGUCUGUCUCGUUUUCUUGGUCUCCAAGUCGAACCCGUGCUGCCCCUGCACGUGCGUCCUAGUCGCGCCCAGCGUGCCUGCUGCCUGCUGUUCGCGCGCGGGUCUCGCUCGCGUUACCUGCACAUCCCGCGCCUCGCCUGCUGCGCACGCGUUCUCGUCCAGCGGGUCGCCAAGUGUCCACAAUGCCCAACGCGCCCACGCGUCAUCUACGCCUGUGCGCGUCCGUCUGCCUGCACACGCGUGCGCGCAGCACGCGUCACGCACCCGACUCGCGCACCCGGUGUUUUGCGCGAGUCACCUGGUGCCUUGGCCACCUCCACUAGGUCUUCCUCCAUUCACGUGCAUCCCGAAACCUCCAAUGGAACGCCUUUCGAGAGGUGUUCUCGGCUCUCGACCCUUAGACGUACUUGGAGGCCAAAACCUCCAUUCUCAUCACGAUGGAGGCGCGUGGUUCUCGCCGAUGAAUCUCGCCGCCCAGCUCCCCACCGCCAACUCGGAGGCCAGCGUCAUGCUCGACCGGAUCCUCUGCUUGCUCGUACGCUACUCCAUCCUGAACUGCCGCUUGAGGGCACUUUCUGAUAGCGGCACCACAUGGAAAUCAAUAUUUUUUGUCUAA